CGUAAACAUGUAAUCAAAUAGUUUUGUGCUUAUUUUAAUGACAGCUUUGCUGACAUAUAUACAUAGUUCUGAACGUCUAAUCCGAAAUAAGAUAGAUGAAAAUCUCCUAUCUUAAGGACAGUGUCCAUUUCUUGCAUAAUAAGCGCUCCCUUUAAGGCGGGUAUUAUGAAUCGUAAACUUUUCUCAACAGUCGACAAACUUUCAGUAUGGAGAAACUCGACUUACAUCCCAGGAUUAUGUUAGCAUUGAAAAAAUCAAAAUUGAAAUCUUUCCCUGAGAUAUUAAGUUUAUCUGAUCCUGAUUUGAAAAGAGCAACAAAUCUAUCAACCCGAGAUGUGCAAAUUCUAAAAGGAGCUGUUGCUGAGUCUAUUCCUAUGUUACCUGUUGUCACAGCCUUUAAUUUAACAAAGCACAGUAAUGUCCCUCCUGCUUUGAAAGUGGAGAAACUUUCAACAAGCUGUGAAGUUCUUGACAAAGCUUUGAGAGGAGGCUUUAUUUCUCGAGGAAUCACAGAAAUUGUUGGUGAAAGUGCAUGUGGUAAGACACAACUCUGCCUUCAGCUUAGUUUGAUGUGUCAGCUACCUGAAGAAGCUGGAGGAUUGGCUGGAGAUACAAUAUACAUUUGCACAGAAGAUGCUUUCCCAACCAAACGCUUCACCCAGCUGAUUGAAGCAUGGCGUCAAAAAGGAAUAUGGAAGAAACUUUCUGAUGGCUGUUUACAACCUGGGGACCAUGUUUACAUUGAACACGUCCCUGAUGUGGAAAGCCUUAUUGUGUGCCUUGAAAGAAAGUUACCUGUUCUAAUAAAAAGAAGAAAGAUCAAACUUAUAGUGUUGGAUUCUGUUGCUGCUUUAUUCCGUUCAGAGUAUGCUAUUGAAGAUACAUUACUGCGCUCCAAGCACUUGUCCAGCAUCGCUAAAGAAUUGCAUCACGUAAACAUGCAUUACAAUAUACCUGUAAUAUGUGUAAAUCAGGUAGCAGCAUCAGAAAAAUCAAACAGUAACAUUCCUUGCUUGGGCCUGUCUUGGGCCAAUCAUUUAACAACACGCAUUCAGUUGACCAAAGUUGAACAAACUGCUCUGCCUCCAAACGUUAUUGAACAGUUUGGUCCACAUGUGAGCUUCCGAAAUCUUGAAGUUGUAUUUGCUCCACAUAUUCCACAGACAGUAAUCCCUUAUAUCAUCAACAAUGAUGGUGUAAAAGGAAUCAGCUUGUCUAACAUACUGUUGUAGACAUCAGAAACGACUUUGUUCAUAUAAAAUGCCAUAAAUUACUAAAUGCCACUAAAUUAAAUGUUGCCAAAGUUCUUAGAUCCAAAGAAGUUUUCUUGAAAUAUUAAUUAUAUAGUUGUAAUAGAUGUUACUUAUGAAAUAUUAAUUACCCUCUUUCAUUUAUAAUGAAUAUUAUUUUGAAACUAGCUACUAUUUUCAAUGUAUAAUCUCUUUUACAACUAACUUUAUGGUUUUUGGCAGCAAUAUGUAAUGGCUUCAUGUGUGUGUGUGUGUGUGUGUGUAACUAGUAAAACUACUGUCAGUGAGUUAGCCAUUUCAAGGACACAACUUAUGCCACAGAUUUCUUUUUAUAUACAUAAAUAACUACUCUAACUUUAAAUCAUAUCAAGUAAUUAAUCUUUUUGCAAUUCAAUGCUUCUGACAACGCUGUAUAAUUGCUACUGUGCUUAAGUAUUCAUCUUAAAUCUUUUAAGCAAACUAGUAAGCUACAAAAGCUAUCAAUAAAUAUAAAGAUGCAGUAUUUAUUUGGAACUAAAUAUUUUUUGUGAUUUUUGCAGUUGUAAGAUGUUCUAAACUUGAAAGCUUAAAGAUACCUAAAAAUCUUAUAAAAGAUCAUUUCAUAAGCAUCAGCUGUAAAGAUUUAUUUGUAUCACUGCACUUAUGAGAAAUAGAUUGGAAUAAAUUGAAUUAAUCAUAAAUUAUUCAGAAAAAUAUCUUCCUAAAAAAGUAAUCAGUUUUAUCUCUCAAAAUAAAUACUGACAAACAAUAUCGCUUCCCAAAAAUAUUAGCCUAAACUUCUUUGGUUUUAGUCUUUGGCACCAUAAAUUCACUGAAUAUUAAUUUGUUUGAUAAAUUAAACUUGAUUCUUCCAAUAAUCUGAGGGUGAUGCAAGAGAAUCAGUAUGCUUUAAGUUAUAUUCACUGCAUAUGACUAAGCAACUAGUGACUGCUGAGACUUGCUCUUGCAGGCAAGGAAUUUAUGACAGUUUAUUUGUUUUUGCUAUUGUAUUUUCAAAACUUUCUUUCCAUUUUUAAAUCAAUUUUCUUGUUUAUAUGUCUCAUAAUACCUAGGAACAACUGCUCUCACAAAAUGGGUUGUGUUAACUACCUUAAUUACUUUCUAGAUCUCAAGUUGUGACCACUGCUUGCUGUAUAUGAGUGACUAAGCAAUGGUUUUACUUAAGUUCUACUUUAACAAAGAGUUUUUUUUUACUAAUUUAUAUAUGUAUAUAUUUAAAAUGUUACAUUAAAUUAUUUUUGUAUUUUAACCUUUACAAUUAUUUCAACUCUGUAGCCUAUGUGAAAAUGAACUUGGUUACAGAAUUAUGGAUGUUUAGACAUUAGAUAUUUCAAACACUAAGUACAAUGCAACAACAAUUACAUGUAGUAGUGUAUAAUCACAAGUUCUCCAUUCUGUGACCCAUAUGAUGAAUAAUGUGUGUGUGUGUGUGUGUGUAACAAAGAUAUAUCUUGGUUGACAGAACAAAAGUUUGUGAAGUUCCAAACAUAUAAUGUUUAUUACUGCCAACAAAAAAUGUAUUGUAAUUGCACUGAACAACAUUAAAACGAUAUGUACACCAAGUGAGUCAGUUCAUGUUAUAUGUUGAUAAUUAUUGCAAACAGCUGAAGUCAUCACUUUCCAUAGCUAAAGUUGGGUAGCAUAGGUUCCUACGGCCAUUAGUCUUGGCUGUGUUAUGACCACUGAUCAGUUACAGGCACAUCAUCUGUAUGUGUAUAUAUAUAUA